AUGACCAAAAUACACAUCCCCGGUUUCGAAAUCACACCGGCCCCUCCGGGAGCCCGGUUUCUAGAGGAUAGUCUAGACAUCGGUGAUGAGUUUACUUCCGAGCGGAUCAUGUCUGCCUGGAGCUUUAUACCACUGGCCGACGAAGGAAAUUAUAGUCGUGGAUAUCUGGGAGUAUCCGGAACAAUGAACCUUAACACUCCUUUGCCAACGGAUAUCGCCCACCUUUCCUCCGAGCAAUUUAGGUCUGGGAAUUGGAGCUUCAACCGGCGGCCAGGAACACAGUAUCAGCGUCAGACGAUCUAUUCAGAGGAAGGGUUCGAGUACAAGCUACGUCCGUUGUCCUUCCAGUUACAACCGGAACGGGCAAGCGCUCUCACAAGAGCAUUUUCGGCAGUGAGCAGGAUAUCAAAGGGGCUUUCGGGGGAUUAUGGGCCACCGCGAACAAUUGAGGAUUUGGAAAAUGUGUUGGAUACAGAUUACGAGGUGAAAUGGGAUGGACCGCAGGACCCGAAGAAUCCACUGAAUUGGAGCCUCCCACGGAAAACUGGUAUCUUGUUCUUGAUCUCGAUGCAAUAUCUCAUGGUGUAUGUCGCAUCCUAUUCGUAUCCCUCCUACAUUCGGGGUAAAUACUUACCGAAAGCGAUAAUUUCAGAGUUUUCUACGUGACAUCCUACCUCUCUGGAACCCGCGGAAUGAUGGAAGAAUUUGAUAUCCCACAAAAGACCAGCGUGUCACUAGGUCUGACCAUGUACCAAAUUGGAGUUGCGUUGGGCCCACUGCUAUUAGCCCCCAUGAGUGAGCUUUUUGGGCGAAGACCUAUUUACCAGAUCUCUAUGGGCCUGUUCUGCAUAUUCCUCCUACCGGCUUGUUUCGCAAAAAACUUGGAAACAAUUCUUGCCUCCCGGUUUUUCGCGUACGUUUUGUCAAUCUCCGUCACCCUCCAACCUGCCUCGCAUAAUCUGCCUAUGGAAUUUCUUAUAUUGAUAGGGGAAAUACAGUGCGUUCGUCGGAUCCGUGACCUUUUCCAACUCUCUCGGCUCGCUCGGUGACCUUUUCAGCGGGAAGGGCAAAGCGCUCGCAUUCAACAUAUUCAUGAUUGCCCCACUCGAAGGCCCUGUCAUCGGGCCUCUGCUCGGCGGUUUUAUAUAUGAGCAGCUUGGGUGGAAAUACUUGAAUUACCUCACACUUAUCUUCUCAACCGCUCUCGUCAUUGUGGGGUACUUUGUCCCCGAAACUUACACCCCCGUUCUGAUGCGCAGAAAAGCCGCCAUGCUACGGAAAACUAAGAAAGACGAGAAUUAUAUGUCAAGGUAUUGCUACAAGGUUGGGGAGGGGGACAUGUUGACUCUUGUGAAGCUGAACAUGAAGAGGCCAUUAUUAAUGCUUUUCACCGAGCCUAUUUGCGUGUUUUGGGCCCUGUACAUCGGUGUUCAGUAUGGGAUCUUGUACCUCAAUUUCACAGCAUACCCAAUUGUCUUUCAAGAAAUUCGGGGGUGGGCUCCCGGCAUCGCUGGACUGUCAUUUCUAGGUAAUCAGCUUUUCCCUAUAUUUUGUAUGUCACCCGUAUUGAUGCUUUACAGGUCUGGGCUUGGGAAUAAUAAUCGCUCUCUGCAUGGAACCUCUCAAUAACAAACUGGUUUCCCUACACAAACCUGAUCCAGAAACCUCCCUACCAACACCGGAAUCCAGAAUUCUCAUCGUCUGUCUUGCAGGAAUCCUCUCCCCUGUUAGCCUCUUCAUGUUUGCCUGGACCUGUUCCCCAACUUCUAUCCACCCGAUCUGGUCAAUCCUCAGCGGCGUCCCCUUCGGUAUAUCAAACACCUUGAUCUUCAUUCACGGGAACGCAUACCUCAUGUCCUCGUACGACCUCUUUGCAGCAAGCUGUCUUGCUGGCUGCGCCGUAUUCCGCAAUGUCCUUUGCGGGGUUUUACCACUCGUGGGACCGAAGCUCUUUCAGGAUUUGGGCGCCAAUAUGGCGAUGACUGUGGUGGGUAUUCUGGCGGCGACUUUGGCGCCGAUUCCCUGGGGGUUCUAUAAAUGGGGGAAAUUCAUUCGCGAGAGGUCACCGAUUCUGAUAAAUAUUCAGGCGGAGAAGGAGCACAGAGAGAGGCAAUUUGCCGUGGACAGUUAG